GUCUUUAGACAGUCAGACAGCCUGCGUGGUCUUUACACAGCCUGCGUGGUCUUCAGACAGUGGGACCCCACGGAGCAGAGCACACACCUCCUGACCAAUAAUGUGAGAACCCCAUCCUCGCUUCUUCGGCCUCCAGUGACGUACAGCCUCCUCACCCCCCUCAUCCCCCCCAGCCCAGCAGGCUCCAUCCAGCAGGCUCUCGGCGGCGCGAGCAGGUGUGACAUGCGGCCAUGUCCCGUGCAGGAAUAUGCCCACGCGUGAACUCCCGCGGACCUUUUUGGAUUUUGCCAGCGGUCUUAUUGGCGGCCAGCGCGCUCCAGGCGGGCGCCUACAGCUGUCAUGAGGUGAGGACCGCCUUCCAGCUGAGGCAGGUCGGACCGUCGCACCGGGUCCCGGAGACACCUGGCACAGAUGUGGAUCUCAUGGUCUGCAAGCACCAGGGUCCAUCUUGCUGUACUCGGAAAAUGGAGGAAAGCUACCAGUUUGCAGUAAAGCGAGAAACACUCCACAACAUUUACUCGUACAGUUACGAGCUGAAGCACCUGAUCUCUAGCCACUCCGAUGCUUUCCAGGACAUGUUCCAGUACUUGCUGUCGUUCUCCCAAGGACACCUGAGUUCUCUGCUGGAGGGGACCUACGCACCCCUUUCCAGUCAAGCAUUGCCCCAUGUGAACCAGCUCUUCGCGUCACUCUCCCUUUACCUCCGAGGGGCCAACGUCUCCGCGGAGGCGACUGUCCACCAUUUUUUUAAUGACCUGUUCCCACUUGUCUACACACGACUGAUCAAUCCAGGCAUGGUGGGCAGCAAGGCGGUGGGACCUGAAAUGACCGACUGCCUCCGUAUGAUCAGGCAGGACGUUAACCCGUUUGGAAGUCAUCCGGCCGUCAUGGCCCAGGAGCUCGUCGAAGCAAUGAGCGUUGGCCGGCAACUCGGCGUGGCCCUCGAGGAAGGCAUGGAUGUGCUGAACGCCACGGAGCAUGUCAGUUUAAGCAAAGAGUGCAUGAAAGGCCUGGUGAAGAUGGUGUACUGCUCCCAUUGCAGAGGCUUGACUCUGAUUAAACCCUGUGUGGGUUACUGCCUCAAUGUUAUGCGUGGCUGCUUGGCCAGCAUAUCUGAACUGGAUCAGCCUUGGAGGAGAUACACCAACUUGCUGGAGCAGCUAACCCACGGAAUGGUGGGCCACCACAGCCUCGAGCUGGCACUGCUCGGAGUUCGGGGUCACGUCAACGAGGCCUUGCUCUACGCACAGCUUCACGGUCCCCUCAUCACAGCCACAGUAGACAAGGUGUGUGGCCUGUCGACCGGGGCGCCUGUCGGCAUGCAGCCUACCAGCCCGGGGGUCCCAACCUCCAGCGUGACAUCGUCGACCCCGUUUCCUUCUGCUGCCCCUUUGAAACCUCUGCCAGAGAAGUGGCUCGGGCAGCUCGCCCAUUUGAGGAGCUCACCCCCACUGAAACCCUCCAAGAACAAUAAACAUAGUCUGAGAACCCUUUCUAGGGACUUUCUGAUGUACCUGCAGCGCUACAAGUCCUUCUACGCCGCCUUGCCGGAGAUGCUGUGCGAGGGGGAGAAUGUGGUGGACGAGGCUACAUGCUGGAGUGGAGACGGUGUGGUGGAGAGUUACACUGGCAGAGUGGUAGGAAACGGUCUGCAUGCUCAGAGACAGAAUCCUGAGGUCAAAGUUCGCAUCCCGAACCUCGCACUCGCCGAAGUUAAGGAGAGGCUGGAAACCUUCAACCAGGAGACCCAGGAGAGAUUUCCGAAUCUGGGCCAGACGGAGGCCUGGGAGGAUCUGGGUAGCGGGGCAAGCGAGGGCAGCGCCACAGAUUGUGACGAUGAGGACGGAUGCCAAGCCUCAGGAGACGGUGCAGACAAGACCUCUCACACAAAAGGCUCCAGUGAAGUGGGAUCCAGCGGCCCCGGGUCGGAGGGCUCCAAGCCCCCCUCAGUGCGGGUGAUCGGGGCCUCGCCGCCCGCCGUCCGGCCAGGACCCUGCGGCCUGGCGCUGCUUCUUGCUGCACUUUGCUCACAAUGGACUCUCUUCUGAUGCGGACCCCCACGCCACAACCACCAUCUUUCCUCCCGCCGGGCGCCGGGCGGGACAGAAAGACCGGAGGAUUCUUGUCCUGGAGCACGUCUCCAAACAGCAGCUUCCUCUGUAAGGAAAUGGGCGGGACGUGCGUGCGUGCACCAACCAACGCAGCCCUUCACUCUUAAAGACACGCCCCUCGGUGAGGUUUCCACGUACGCCAAUUCCCUUUACACUUUUAUUGCUUCCGCCCGCGCACACUCGCUCCUUGGAAAACCUAUUUCCCGUCCGUGGGUUAUGGAAGGCGUGAUAGAUUGAUGAAUCAGUUUCAGGCGCCCAACCUCGACCGAGUGUGUUUCCUGGCGGCCGUUUAGAAUGUAGUGUGUGUGCAGGCCAGCAGCCCUCACACACACGUGUGUGUGUGUAUGUGAGUCAGUGUAUGUACUUUCAGUUUAUAUGCAAACAAACCAGCGACUUAAAGGAAGCGGCGAGAGAGGAAGAAGCGUGAAGGUUUUUAUUGACUUGAUGAAUGAUUGGCGUGCAUCCUGUGUUGUUUGUGGAACUGCUCCUCGUUGCAUGUUGUCAACCCGACAUGAUUUAGCCAAGCAUGCCAGGACCUUACAGUAGGGAAGGGAUUCAUACAGGCCCCCAUUCCUGGGUGGUUUUUCAUUUUGCAAUGCUGAAAACGAUGGAAAGUGCCACUCUACAUAGCAACUGAUGCUGUGGUGGAAGGUGGAAACACAACACUCUGCUGCAGGGGUGUCAAACUCAUUUGAGCUCAGGGGCCCGCAUGGAGGAAAAUCUAUUCCGGACUGAUAAAAUCACAGCAUGAUAAUUAAAAAAUAAAGAAAACCACCAAAAAAAUGUUUUUGUUUGUUUUACUUUGGCCAAAAAUAGAACGAGCACAUCCUGAAAAUGUACACACGACAAAUAAUAAGUUAAGUUAAAGUUAAAGUACCAAUGAUUGUCACACACACACGAGGUGUGGCGAAAUUAUUCUCUGCAUUUGACCCAUCACCCUUGAUCACCCUCCUGUGAGGUGAAGGGAGUAGUGAGCAGCAGCGGUGGCCGCGCCCGGGAAUAAUUUUUUGGUGUUUUAACCCCCAAUUCCAACCCUUAAACAGGGAGGUAAUGGGUCCCAUUUUUAUAGUCUCUGGUAUGACUCGGCCGGGGUUUGAACUCACAACCUACCGAUCUCAGGGCGGGAACUCUAACCACUAGGCCACUGAAUCCUCUUGGCGAAACAUUUCAAGUUAGUUGAAGAUUCUGAGGAAAAAUUUGGCGCAGUUUAAAAACACCAUGAACUUGUUUUUACCAAGCCAUUCAACUUCAAGCACUUCCUGUUUAGGAUUCUCAUGUGGGCAGACAAAAGUGUGUUUGAAAAAGCAACCGAGUGUUUCCUCAAACCGCUGCAUUGGUGGCAUCCGCAACUGCCACAACACAUUCAUUUAUCAUCAUUCAAAUAUUACGAUUAUGAUAUAAACAAAAAAAUGGACACCAUAACAGCCGAAUUAAAGGUGAUAUAACGUCAAACUUAACCAAACUUUGUAGAUUUAAAUAUAUAAUAAAAUAGAACAAACAACAAAUGUAGAAACACACAUUUUUACAAAGGAGUUCAGGGUGCACAUCUUGUCAACACAUUGUGAGGGCUGCACAUAACUCUAACGUGUUGAUUUAAGUCUUUGCCUCUCUCAGUUUAGUUUUUUAUCCGUUAAGUGGAUAAUUUAUAUUUUAAAAAAGUAUUAUGCAUCACUACAGCAUCAGUCUGCCGCCAUCUGCUGCCAGCCUCAACAGGAGCAGCUGAUUGUUUGCACCUGCGCUGAUUGGAGUAGCGGCAGCCAAUCCAGAGGGCGCUUAAAGUCAGCUGACACGUCAUCUUAGACAGUAUGAUGUGGGUAACAAUUAAAUUGAUACUGCGACAUCCAGUGGACACAUUUAGAACAGCAGUUUAUUUCUUUCAAAUAUUGCAGCUCAUUUUUAUACUUGGCAAACUCAUCUUGCGGGCCCGAUUUAACCUGUUUGACACCCCUGGUCUACUGGCUAAAUUGGCCACGUUUCAUGUGUCAGGUAAACCGACACGAAUGGGGCCAUGUGAAUCCCCAUCCUACUCGACAUGAUGGUAGGACUCUUCGUAAUUGUGGGCUUCUUCCUUCGACACCAGUGACAUCUAAGGCCCAACGUUCCUCACUAGUCCUACAGAUCAGCAGUAAAUCCUUCCUGGUCUGGGCAGAAGAAUCCCAAACAACAAAGUACGCCAAUGAUUGUUGGCUGGAAUGAUGCGCGUGAUACCUUCAUGAAUGUACGCGCAGUGCCACUAGUGGCUGGUUAAGGUAUUACACAUUCAGCUGACAUUCUACGGAGACCAGGUGUGCUCAAACCUUUUGCCCAAACAUGUGCCAACGUGCCGCAAGGCCAAAUACUGCGCUUUAAGUACAGGUGUCCCGAUACAAAUUUUUCACGUGCAAUACGAUAUCCAUAUUGGAUACGAUACCAGCAGGAAUCAUACAAACUUUUGUUUUUGUCGUGUAAAAUGUUAGAACAUGUUUGAUGAAGGAAAGCUGGUCUAAAACAGAAAACAAUGGAAUUAACAUAUUAACCUAUUAACAGUUUAGAUUGGAUUUAUGCUGUCUUUAAAUUCAAGUGGAGUGGUAAUUGUGUCUUUUCUUGGUGACUCCUAGUGGUCACGAUAUUUCACAAAGUUAAGCUCAUGACAAUGUAAGUUGAAUGAUGCGGACACGUUUGUUACUGGACACUUUCUAAUACGCCUGUGCUUUGGAGACUUUGUAGAGGUCAGAGCCGUUCAACUGGCCACAUCCGGCCUCACAUGACCCCAGACUGACCUGACGUGACCCCAGACCAGCCUGACAUGACCCCAGACUGACCUGACAUGACCCUGG